AUGACAUUAGCUUCAAGAAGACGUGAGUUGAGGGCUUCCUUAAGGGAAAAGAUCAGACAGACUGAAAACGAUGACGAAGAUGCCAUCAAUCAACAAAUUGACGAUGAGCUUAAUAAGCAAUUACAACAAGAUGCAAAUAAUCAUGGCGCAACUACCAAUCAUGAACACGAUGCUACCAAAAUCAAAUUAGAAUAUGACGAACACCAUGAACAUGAUGCAGGUGAUGAUAUUGACGAUGGAGAUGAUAGUGGAAGGGAUGAUGACUUUGCUCCUGCCCCUGGUGAUGAAGAUGACGAAGAUGAAGAUGAGUAUUAUGAAGAUGGUGAUGAUGAGUAUAACACACCAGGUAAAAGUGGUAGAACAGGUAGUAGCGGCACUAGCAAGGGGGCUAAAACAGAGUCCGGGUUGGAAGCUAGCCCAGGUGGUGUACGUCCUCAAACAAGAACCAUUUUUAAAGACAUUGACAAUCCUAAUUCAUUAAAUUGUGAAAUUUGUAACCAAGAGUUUAGAAACGUUAUUGAUAAGAGGAACCAUAGAAGGACACAUACCCAACCGAAAAAAUAUGAGUGUGCCACAUGUGGUAAAAGAUUCAGUCAAAAGGCUAAUUUGACCAUUCAUGAAACUCAUGUACAUCAUGAUCUCGUUGUUGAUGAAGCUUUGAAGGACGCUGCUGCUGCCGCCGCCGCUGCCGCUACCGCUGCUGCACAUGCAGAAAACACAUCAAAUGCAGAUACUUCAUCGUCAAACACUAACUCCAAUUUGGACUUACCACCGGACGCUAACGCUGAUCAUAGACAUUUGUUGCAACAACAACAACAACACGAGUUAGCACAACAGCAUGCCCGCCAACAACAGGAACAUUUACAACAACAAUUGGCGCAACAUCACCAACAACAACAGUUUGAAGCACAUGUAGUAGACGACAAUGUUAAUGUAUUUGCAGGUGGUAGUGAUCCAACCAAACAACCACCACAUGUUGAUUUGAAAGACGUUCGUGUUCAUCAUUGUAAUGCAUUCAAAUGUGGUAAAGGGUUCAUUUCCUAUGAAAAGUUGAUGGAGCAUAUUGAGACCGAGCACAACGGUAGAACUGGAGUAUCGCCCCACCAUCAUGAUCAACAAGCCAGUGGUGCUUCUAUAUUUGAUCCAAACGACCCCAAUGGAGCUGCGCAAGCAGCUGUAUUGGCAGCCGCCACUGCAAAUGCUCACGCUCAUGGACAUGUACAUCCUCAACAUCAACAAACGGCAACAACAACAACUACAGCAGUACCUCGUCAAAGAAGAAAACGUGAUCCUGCGUUGCAACAAGCCAAAACUCAUCAGUGUACUUAUGAAGGAUGUGGCAAGGCGUUUGCUAAAGUAUCUGAUUUAACCAGACAUAUUCGUAUUCACACUGGUGAACGUCCUUAUGUUUGUCAGCAUUGCGGUGCUUCUUUCAACCAAAGAUACAGAUUGACUACUCAUGUUAGAAUUCAUACUGGAGAAAAGCCAUUCAGUUGUAAGUACUGCGGAAAGACAUUUGCAAGAGGUGAUGCGGUGCAAUCACACAUCUUCUCGAUACACAGAGCAAAAGGGGAAGCUUUCUGA